CUUCAUUGCCUUUUUAUAGGAUUUUUUUUUUCUCUCCCCACUUCCCAAUCAGGUCUCCAGCCUGGGAUCGCCUAGUGGUCUCCCAUCCCAGCACUAAAUCAAUUAAAUUGGACCGCCGCUGAGCUUCCUCCGCCUGGCCUGUAGAGGGCGCGCGCGCCGCCUUCACGCUGCGUCGCGGUGUGGUUCGGGCGGGCGGAGUUACCUGUCAGGGGUUUAAGUGCGCCUGCGCACCGGCCUCGCUCGAGCCCCGCCUUUCUCCUGCUUUCUUGCUCGCUCGCCCGUCGCCUGUCAUGAACGCGGAGAACUUCCAGGCUGGCGAGAGGCUGGUGAACGCGGCCUACGUGCGGCAGGGAGCGCAAGGCCGACGCGCCCACGAGCUGCGCGUGCGGACGCUGCUGGAGCAGGGCAAAUGUCCUGAAGAUGGAUGGGAUGAAAGCACAAUUGAACUUUUUCUUCACGAACUUGCAGUUAUGGAUAGCAAUAAUUUCCUGGGCAAUUGCGGUGUAGGUGAACGAGAAGGAAGAGUUGCAUCCCAAAUGGUGGCUCGGAGACAUUACAGGUUGAUUCAUGGGAUUGGAAGGUCAGGAGACAUAGCGGCGGUCCAGCCUAAAGCGGCAGGCUCCAGUCUCUUGAACAAGCUGACUAAUUCAGUGGUCUUGGAUGUUUUAAAGCUGGCUGGGGUCAAGGCAACCAGUAGCUGCUUUGUGGUUCCCAUGGCAACAGGGAUGAGCCUCACUUUGUGCUUCUUAACCCUUCGGCACCGGAGACCGAAGGCCAGGUACAUCGUCUGGCCUCGGAUAGAUCAGAAAUCCUGCUUCAAAUCAAUGGUGACUGCAGGUUUUGAGCCAGUGGUGAUAGAAAAUGUUUUGGAAGGAGACGAGCUACGGACCAAUCUCCGGGCAGUGGAAGCUAAAAUCCUGGAUCUUGGAGCUGAUAAUAUUCUCUGUGUUCAUUCUACUACCUCCUGCUUUGCUCCAAGGGUGCCUGACAGAUUGGAGGAACUGGCUGAGAUUUGCACAAAGUACGGCAUCCCGCACAUUGUCAACAACGCCUACGGAGUUCAGUCUUCCAAAUGCAUGCACCUCAUUCAGCAGGGCGCCCGUAGAGGCCGGAUAGAUGCUUUUGUACAAAGUCUGGACAAAAAUUUUAUGGUGCCAGUCGGAGGGGCUGUCAUUGCUGGCUUCAGUGACUCCUUCAUACAGGAAAUCAGCAAAAUGUAUCCAGGAAGAGCCUCGGCUUCUCCGUCGCUAGAUGUGCUCAUCACGCUCCUGAGUUUGGGCACGAAGGGGUACCGGCAGCUGCUAAGAGAAAGAAAGGAAAUGUUUUCUUACCUUUCAACGGAGGUGAAAAAAUUAGCAGAAAGCUACAAUGAAAGACUGUUGGAUACCCCGCACAAUCCUAUCUCGCUAGCCAUGUCACUGAGACAACUAGACGAGCAAAACCCCAAAGCCGUCACGCAGCUUGGAUCGAUGCUUUUCACCAGACAAGUUUCCGGAGCGAGGGUGGUUUCUCCUGGGACCGUGCAAACUGUGAGUGGCUACCCAUUCCAAGGUUUUAUGGCCCACACGGACCAGUAUCGCUGCUCCUACCUCAACGCCGCCUCGGCCAUUGGGAUGAAGACGGAAGACGUUGAGGCCUUCGUGAAAAGGCUUGAUAAAUGCCUGAAGGCGCUAAGAAAAGAGAAGGGCCAGCCAGAUGGACCAGGGCCUAACGCAGAUAUUGGUCCUGAUAUGGAAAAAUGCAACAUAGGUGGAGGAGACAUCCAGCCUUAGAUUAUCCCAAAAUUAUUUCCAGCUCAGAAUGUUUUUUUUUUUUAAAUAGAAAAAUAAUCCGAUGUCAAUGACCGCAGGGCAUUCUCCCGGCAGACGUAUUUUUUUCCCAUUGGAACGAAUAAAGAGAUCGUUACACUCACUUACUUGGGUGUAGAUGUCCGAGAGGGCCUUUAAAUUUAAAUCCAGAUUUAAUUUCCACCUUGAAUUGUGGACAGCUGAGUUGAUCGUCUAAAACAGUGGUUCUCUACCUGUGGGUCGGGACCCCAUUUGGGGUCGAACGACCAUUUCACGGGGGUCGCCAAACAACGCAGUCCGCCAUUUUUUCCCCCCCUUUUCCUUAGCUGUGCUACUC